AAUGAAUGGUUUUGGUGGCUGUGGCAAGGUCCAACACCCGAUCCUGCCGCAAAGCUCUACAUGAACAUUUUCUAUCCGAGCGGCUUCGCUUAUGCUGACUUUGCGAAGCAAUUCAAGGCUGAAUUCUACGACCCCAAGCACUGGGCGGACGUCUUCAAGGCGUCUGGAGCCAAGUAUGUGGUGCUGACUUCUAAGCAUCACGAAGGCUUCUGCAACUGGCCUUCGCCGACCUCCUGGAACUGGAAUUCUGUCGAUGUGGGUCCGAGGCGUGAUCUCGUGGGGGAGCUGGCUCAGGCCAUACGCAGCAAAACUCAGCUGCAGUUCGGGCUUUAUCAUUCCCUCUUUGAAUGGUUCAACCCCCUCUACCUUGCCGAUCAAGCCUCGAACUACACCAAGCAGGUACCUAUUGUCAGCCUUCCCCCCUUCCCCUCCUACAGUAAAUUAUAUAACUCGUCAAAAAUCCCCAAAUUUGCGAAAAAUCGAUAA